AUGUUGUUAAAAGUACCAUCUGUUGACUGGACGGAUCAAAUAGUUUACGUGGUGGACGACGACGAAUCACUGUCUGACUUUGACGAUGAGCCAGAUUUCUCAGAAUAUAUGUGGAUGGAGAACGAGGAGGAAUUCGACAAGAACGAAUUGCAACGUCUUGAAGAGGAAGAAAUCAUGCAAGAGUGUUUCGAAGCCAUGAUCGAGGAUGAGCUCGAGGAACAAAUAAAUGAAUGGGAAAAAGCCAAAACGGAAGAACAAAAUACGGCCCUAUCUGCGCUACCAAAGAGUCAAUGUAAUAUUGAGAAAUCUGUGCUAAAUCCCAUGGCUGACGAAUUCGUACCACUCUGCCAUCAAGUUGAUUUUAUAGCCUCGUAAGCGCCGGCCCCCAAUAGUCUGAACUAUAUAACCUCACACCGCAGCGAUUUCAGAUGUGCAUCUGAAACGUAUCAUAGCAAGGAUAUUCCAACAUCCCAUGCAAGAACUCGAUUACCGUUUAUAUAUGAUAUUCACCUCCCUUGUCUAACCCAACAUUUAAAAACAAAAAAACACACAUAAAACAAGCCAAUUCCAAACAGGCAACUAUGUUGAAAAGCUAAAAAAAAAAUAUAUAUAGAACAAAAUUUUGAUGAAAAUUACGCGCACAUACACACACACGUUAUCAUAUGUAUAAUAACCAACUCAACCGAAAUGCAAACGAAUACCAUAAACAUAAAAAAAAAUAUAUAUACAUACUAAAAAUCAUAAAAAAUAUAACAAUAUGUAUAUAUAUAUAUAUUAACAAUUAUAUAUAUAUAUAUACAUUGAAGAGUUGAAGAAGUUAUCUAGACCCAUGACUACAAAACUAAUAUUACGAGCAACAAAUUCGCGUUUAAUAUCUAUCUGGAGCCAAUUAUAUAGACGAGCCGUGCUUAAGCUAGUGAACAAAACUUUCUUAUAAACGUACAAACAAAUGACUUUUUACACACGCUAACUGUGAAUUGCAACGUCUAUUUAGAAACAUAAAAUUAAAAUCAUCAGGAUAUAUAAAUGUAUAAAUUUCCAGCUAAAGCAAAUGUAAGCACUACAAGACUCGAUUGUAUUUGAAUACCAACCGUGAGUUCGAUUAAUCGUAAUUAAUUUAAUGGAAAUGCGCACUACCUAAACUCGCUAUAAGUUUAAAGAUUUCCUCUUUUUUUUUUGUCUAUUUUUAUUUAGUUUUCUUAUUUGAGUAAUUGUUAACUCGUUGUACGUUCUGUCUAUGUUACAAAA